CAGAUGUGCCAGUUAUGCCAUCAAGCACACAAGGAAAAUAAUAUCUGACUUGUCAAAAGUGACUAAUUUUUCUUAUGCAAACUAAUGGACACUGUCACCCAGUUCCAAGGCCCAGCCUUCAGUUAUAAUGUAUUCUGAUGAAAUGAAUCAGAUGUGCAUGGGACAGGUCUGACAGGAGGGAGGUGUACAAGUGGUAACCUGAUCAUACUGGAAGCUCCCACUCCAGCUACUGUAGGAUAACUGGGUCAUAGUCCCUGAGUUUUGUAUUGAAUAAGUUUGGGUGUAUUCCCUCAGUGUUAAACAAUUUAGGACCACAGCCUGGUUGGAGAUUUUUUGGGCUCUUGUGAGCCUAGAAAUGGUGGAUUGAGAUUUGUACAUAGGUGUAGCUGACUGUGAAAGUGUCCACGCUGACAUUCCAAUGCAGACCGUGGGGAAACCUCCUUAUGCGCAGGGGGCACCAGCUGGGUACCAACCGUCUACACCCUAUGACAAGUACAACAAAAGGGCAGUAAGCAAUAUGUACGAUGGCAAGAAAAGACCGGAGAGUGCACACCAUUACAAUGAAAUGUAUGAAGAAUUGCCAGAUUACAAACGUCCACCCUCUCCACCUCCGCUCCACAGUUUGCCUAGCAUGUUGGAUGCUACAGAUAAUUCCAGAGACUCUCCCAUAUCAAUGAAUCAGUCCAAAACACAGCUUAUCAAUAAUAAUGUAGGGGAAAGGUCUGGGAAGAAAAAACUGAAUCCACUUUAUGACCACUUAGAAUCUGCAAUGAAACAGAAAGAAGAAAACGAAGUGACAAGAAAAAAAUGGCAGCGCAGUUUACAUUGUACAUGUCUUGCUGUUCUCAUUGUGUGUGUGAUAGCCUUGACCGCUUUGAUCAUUGCCAUUCUUGCUACUGUUGCACCAGGAAUGAUAGGUGGAGGCAGUAAUAACCAGGGUAAAGCAAGCCCCAUCACAGGUGAACCUGUAAAUACGACAAAGUCCCCAGAAGCCAUUAUGCUGCAGACAGCUAUGGAAGCCAUUAGAGAACUAAGAAGUAAUAUGUCUGCCAUGAAGGAGAAAUAUGAAAAUCUGCAAAAUAAGUAUGAUGUAUUGUCACAAAUCUUGCAGUCCUCCCCUGGCGAAAACAAUGUCAGUCUGACUGCCAAAGUAGCUAACAACAGAAUAUUUAUACAGAGUCUUCAGGCAAAUGCAUCUAUACAGAAUGGACUCAUAGACAGUUUGCAAAAUAAGAUAAUUACCUUAGAAGCACAGAAUAAGAAUUCCUCUUUAAGAUUAAAGAGUUCAGAAGAGCUUGCAGUGAGACAUUCAAUAGAAAUAGCUCAGCUGGAAAGAUCAAGUCAAACAAAUUUCAGUGAUGUACGGCAGCAGAUUAACUCAUUAACUGUGAAGAUCUCUCAGACCAAUGCCACUUCCCAAAUGCAAGCUUCUUCCCUAAACCAGGUUUUACUUGCCAUGAACAGCAGCGUAUAUGAGGAGUUAAUGACAAUCAGUAAGAUGUCUGGUCCACAGGGACCCAGGGGAUACAAUGGCUCUCAGGGUCCCCCUGGGGUUGGUGAUCUUUCAACUUGUAAAUAUAGUGUAAAGACGAGCACCAGUGAUGUUUCAACACCUAGCAAUAGUGUGGCUCCAUUCCCACUGGAAAAUGAUUUGAUGGACUGGAUUACAAUGGGUGUUACAUGCAGUGUAGAAAAUGGUCAAACGUCCAAUUUGUCCAUUAGGGACCAUGCUUCAGGGAUGAAACAAUAUGUCUGCACAUGCUCUGGACAUGGUUCCUCUCCAAACCACAGAGUUUGUCGAACACACCUUUGGCAGUGUCCCAGAAUAUCCUAGUUUUACUUUAAAAAUUUUGUAUGUGUAUGCGUAUGCUAUUUUGUCUUAAUGCAAAGUGGAAGGUUCCAAAAAGUGUCUAAUAAGAUUAUUAGAUGCACGCAAUAAGUUUGAAGCUGUUUUAAGGGGUUCAUUUCAACACUCAGUUUGAUUUUAGCUCAUGAAGAAGGAUUCAUAGUAAAUCCGACAUGAAGUGAUUUUUUUAUUAGCAUUUAUUUUGUUUUAUAUGCAAUGCUACUUAACUGACCUGUAUAUAAUGUAUCAUAUUUUAAUAAAAAUGAUGAUUCCCAUAUCCAAGAUUGCUCAAAAUUGUAAAUACUAGACCAUGUAGACUUACACUUUACAUGUGAUGGUGCAUUUAAUAAUAAUAAUAAUAAUGUAAAUAAAGAAAAAAAGUAGUCCUAAUGUGUAGAUCGCAGAGGACUAGAUUUAGAAAGCUUUUAGAUUGCUGGGCAGUCUAAUCAUUGAUAAUAUAUUUGUUUCAUUACCAAUAAAAGCUUUAAGAAUGUAGACUGCUUACAUGGACAUGUAAACUAAAGAUUUCUAUGAAAAAUGAACUUGGGUUACUUCCAUGAGAGUUGAAUCUUGGACAGUUGACUCCUUUGCCUUUGAAUUUCAAGGCAAUCUUUUCAAAAAAUUAGAUGGAGGCCUUUAAGGCAGUUACUUUAUAGAUUAGAGGAAUGGUAACAUAACACAAAGAACAGUGGUUACAAUGACCAAACAUUUUCACUUUAUUUCAGAAGUUUUGUAAUGCUGUAUGAAAUUUUAAUCAUAGCCAUAAUAAAGCUUAUAAGCUCAGUA